AUGAACUUCUACCUUAUUGGCGGGAGCACAAACGAGGCGUACGGUCGUCGUGUAUUGCGACGGCAACUGGUAGACCAGAAGCCUCCUCGCUGGCUCAUGGUAGAACUCGUGGGAAGGGAUGACGACAACAUUUUCCUAGCGCUUCACCAGGACAAGCUGUACAUCACCGGCUUCACCGACAAGAAGGGGUAUUGGUACAUCUUCAGCAACAAGGCACGACUACGACUGAUACCUCCAGCGAGCAGCCUGUCAUUCAGAGAUGACUAUGUUGUCCUCGGGCGGGAGACUACUCUAGGUGCUUUGUCCGAGCUGGCCAACUACCAGCCAUCUGAUGCCGUCGACGUGGGCUGCAUCAAGUGA